UAUAAAACGUUCAAAUGAAGUCAGUUGCAAGCCAUUUUCGAUAAUAUUCAUUUGCGAUUUAUCGAAAUCGAUGUGUAUAAUCGUCGGACAUACCGCGAAAAAUCUAACAACUGAUGAUGAUAAACAUGUACAAGCAUCAACAACCUCUUGUAUUUCACAAACCAAAAAAAGAAAAAUUUAUAAAAAUAAACGAUGUCUAAAGGAAAUUAAAUAUAAACGUAAAUAUACUACGCUUCAAGAUGUAAUAAAGAAAGUUACAGUAAAAACAACUUCUAAGCCCAUUUCUGAAAUUAUUCCAAACGCGAAUGAUACUGUUAUAAUUAUAGACUCAAGCACUGAUAAUAUUGAUGUAGAAGAUCCAGUGCCUAGAACAUCAGUAGAAGAAAAUGCUAAGAAAGAGAUAACUUCUGUGAUUCCAGCUAUAAAUUUGUAUGUCAAAAAUACUACUCUUUUACAUUCUAAACAUAAUAUAGAUAAAAAAGAAAUUAGUUCUAUAACUCAAACUAUAAAUAUGCAUGGUGAAGAUAUUACUGUAUUACAUUCUAAAUAUAAUACAGAUAAGAAAGAAAUAGCUCCUAAAACUCCAACUAUAAAUAAUUCUGAAGAAAAAGAAAUAAAUUCUGUAACUGAAACUAUAAAUUUGCAUAGUGAAGAUAUUACUGUAUUACAUUCUAAAUGUAAUAUAGAUAAAAAAGAAAUAAUUCCUACAACUCCAAAUAUAAAUGUGAAUCUUAAUGAUAUCGCUGUAUUAGAUUCUAAAUGCAAUACAGAUAAAAAAGAAAAAACUCCAACUGUAUAUAAUUCUGAAGAAAAAGAAAUAAGUUCUGUAACUCAAACAAUAAAUUUGGAUGUUAAAGAUAUUGAUGUAUUACAUUCUUGUUAUGAAACAGAUUUGUGUACUAGUUUUGAACAGAUAUCUGAUAAUAUUAUAGACGUUCUAAGUGAAGAUUUUAGUCAAUAUUUCAAAGACCCAUUUGACAUAUCUUUUAAAGAACCAAGUAAAAAAAUUGAGAAAAGAUUAUCGAAUACUAAAAGUAUAAAGGAUUUAAAAAAUAAAUGUCAGCCAAUAUUGAAAAAUUCUAAAAUGUUAAGGAAAGAUUUUGUAUCUUCCAGUCAAUUAAAUGCUAAUAAGCUAGAAGUACAAAUAGACGAAAUUAAAGUCUCUUCGAACGAUAUAGAUAUUUCUCUUCUAAUUACUAAAAAUUCAAAUGGAGAAACAGUUAGCCGUUUUUAUUGGUGGGAUGCAUAUGAAGAUAUAUAUAAACAACAGGGAAUUGUUUAUUUAUUUGGAAAAGUUUAUAUUGAUUCUAUUAAAACAUGCUAUUCUUGUUGUCUGUCAAUAAAAAAUUUACCAAGGAGAAUAUAUCUUCUACCAACAAAAUAUUUUAGAGAUUCAUUUGAUGACAAUCCAAGAUUAACUACUAUGGAAGAUGUAUAUAAUGAAUUCAAUAAACUUGCAAAUAAAUUAGGUAUAAAAGAAUUUCAAAGUCGACGGGUUUGGAAAAAGUAUGUUUUCAAAGAAGAUGUACAAGAUUAUACAGAAUAUUUGGAAAUUCUAUAUCCAGCAAUAUAUCCAGCUAUAGAUUCAAAUUACACUGGUCUUGCUAUAGAUAAAAUUUUAGAAACUACUAUAUCGCCUCUACAAUUAUUACUUCUGGAAAGAAAUAUCAAAGGGCCAUGUUGGUUAGAGAUCAAAUAUCCUAUAAAAGAUCCAUCUGACAUCACUUGGUGCAAAGUAAAACUGAUUUGUACAAAUAUGAAGAAUAUUUCUGUUAGUGUUGAUUCUCCAAAAUUGCCAUUGCCAACAAUGUUAGUUGCUACAUUAAAUAUUUGUACAUGUCCAGAUAGAGAAACUAAACAUAAUCAAAUAUUCAUGGUUGUUAUUCUUUUACAAAAUGAAUACCAGAUUGUCAAAGAUGUACCAAAGCCACCUUUUAAACAAAGUUUUUGCUUGAUAACUAAUCCAAAUGAUGCUCUAUGGCCAAGUGAAGCAGAUCAGCUGUUGUCUAAUAUUUCAAAUACACAUGUAAUAAGAUGUGAAAAUGAAAGUAUCUUACUGGAACAAUUACUUCGAAUAAUAGAAAAAACUGAUCCAGAUUUAUAUGUAUGCUAUGAUUGUAGUUAUCAAUUUGAAUCAUUAUUACAUAGAAUGUUUAUUUUGAAUAUAGAAAAUUGGAGUAAACUUGGAAAAAUAAAACAUUCUACAUAUCCUGUUACUAAGCAAAAAACAUUCAUAGAUCGAGCAAUAUCUGGCCGUCCUAUAUGUGAUAUAAAAAUUGUAGCUAAAGAGUUAAAAGUAAAAAGCGGAAGUUUUGAUUUACAAUCUCUUUGUACAACAGUAUUAAAUAAGAAAAAUAAUAAAUCCAAGGAAAUAAAACCCGAGGAUUAUUUUUUAUACUACACUAUAGAGAAAGGGUUAGAAGAUCUAAUCAAAUUCACAUUUGCAGACGCAUCGGAUAUUUUAUCUAUAACACUGCAACUUAAUAUGAUUCCAUUUGCAAUAGAACUUACAUGUAUAUCUGGUAAUAUUUUAUCAAAGAUAUUAGCAGGAGGCCAAAUGGAAAGAAAUGAAUUUCUUUUAUUACAUGCUUUUCAGGCAAACGAUUAUAUAUUACCAGAUUCUUCAAAAAUAAACAAAAACAUAGAAAGUGAGAUAUCUGGAAAAAAAAUAUCAACUCAUGAAGGUGGUUUAGUUCUUACUCCAAUAAAAGGAUUUUAUACUACAUUGAUCUUAUUAAUGGAUUAUAUCUCUUUAUAUCCUAGUAUAAUAAUAGAAUACAAUCUAUGCUUCAGUACAAUAUCUGGAGCAGCAUACACUGAUUAUAAGGAUUUAAAAAUCCCAGAAUCAAAUUCAGAACUUGGAGUUAUUCCAAAAGAGAUACGUAGACUAAUUGAAUAUAGAAAACAAAUAAAAAAAUUAAUAACAUUGUCAGAUAUUUCACCCAUUCAAAAAAUGCAAUAUAAUGCAAAGCAAAUAGCCUUAAAGCUUAUGGCGAACAGUAUAUAUGGUUGUUUAGGUUCACCACAUUCCAGAUUUUAUGCCAAAGGAUUAGCUGCUUUAAUUACAUCAAAAGGUAGAGAAAUACUAUUAAAUACAAAACAUUUAAUUGAAAAUAUGAAAUAUGAGAUCAUUUAUGGUGAUACUGAUUCUAUCAUGAUCAAAACUAAUCUUCUUGAGUAUAAUGAAGUUAUUUCUAUUGGAAAUAAGAUCAAAGGAGAAGUAAACAAAUUUUAUAGAAAUAUAGUAAUAGAUAUUGAUAGUGUAUUUCAAUAUUUAUUACUUCUUCAAAAAAAGAAAUAUGCAGCACUUGCAAUGAAAAAAUUAUCAAAUGGUCAAAUAGAAUUAUCGCAAAUACAUAAAGGUAUAGAAACAAUACGGAAAGAUUGGUGUCCAGUAUCUGUAGAAGUUGGAAAAGAUAUACUGAACAAUAUUUUUUCUAAUCGACCACAUGAUAUGAAAAUAAAAGCAAUUUAUGAACUAUUGCAAAAUGUUUCAAAAACCAUUAAAGAGGAUCAGAUACCUUUAUCGUCGUUCAUAAUAUCUAAAGAACUUUCUAAAAAUCUUAAUAAUUAUCAUGAUAAGGGACACCCACAUAUACAGGUAGCCACAAGAUUAUACAAAAGAUAUGGUAAAAUAUGGAAAGCUGGAGAUAUUAUAUCUUAUGUGAUAUGCCAGAGUGAAACUGAUAAAUCCAUUACAAACAAAUCAUACCAUAUAAAUGAAUUUAAAGAAAAUAAGUCCCUAAGGAUUGAUAUUAAUUAUUAUUUAAAGAAACAGAUAUUACCUAUUGCAUUAAGAAUUUGUGAACCAAUUGCAGAAGUAGAUAAGAUAUUGUUAGCUAAAAGUUUAGGUUUGGAUAAUGCAAAUGAACAUAAAGGAAUAGUAUGUACAUUAAAUAAUAAUAAAAAGCAAAUAAUGAUGACUACAGCCAGAUUUAAGCAUUGCAAAGCUUUAACAUUCAAAUGUAUCAAUGAAAAUUGUCGAAGUGAAAUUACAAUUAAAAGUGUUAUGUCAGAAUCUUCUAAUGGUUAUCAACUAUUUUUGAACACUAUAUGUUCUAAUAAUAAUUGUAGAAUUCCUUUAUGGAAAAAUAUAAACGUUAUAUCUAAUGAAUUGGAACUUAAUAUAAGACAAGCCAUAAAUAUGUAUUAUUCCAAUGAGUUGAAAUGUAAAAACCCUCUAUGUUCUAAUGUAACCAAAAGGCUUCCAUUAUAUUUCUAUACAAUGUAUCCCAAAUGUGAUAAAUGUAAUGAAUCUUUUUUAUGUAGAAGAUAUACUGAAACGGAUCUAUAUGAUCAAAUAUGUUUUUAUCAUGAAAUCUUUGAUAUUAAUUGUUUGCAAAAUAAAUUUUCGCUGGUUAACUAUCCAGAGGAAAUAAUAUCAGUAUACAACACACUUAGGAAUAUUGUUAACAAGUAUUUGAAAUGUAGUUCAUAUUUAAUUGUGAACUUUGAUAAAGUUUUUCAAAGCAAAUUUAUAAAAUAUACAGUGCAUGAUUCAGAUUAUGAUAUUUCUUUAAAUGAUUAUGCUCAUAUGGAGAAUAAACAAUUAUAA